AUGAACGCCAGGGGCUGCACCUUGCACAUCUGGCCUGGAGGUGGGACUCAGUGGCACUCAGUGGGAGCUUCCUCAGGGUGCUCAAGCCUUCAAUCCACUCGCAGCAGACAGUGGACUUUGGAAGAUUUUGAUAUUGGUCGCCCACUAGGUAAAGGGAAGUUUGGCAAUGUUUAUUUGGCAAGAGAAAAGCAAAGCAAGUUUAUCCUGGCUCUGAAAGUGUUGUUUCAAGCUCAGCUGGAGAAAGCAGGAGUGGAGCACCAGCUCAGAAGAGAAGUAGAAAUACAGUCCCACCUUCAGCACCCCAACAUCCUCGGGCUGUAUGGCUAUUUCCAUGAUGCCACAAGAGUUUAUCAACUUCUGGAAUAUGUGCCGCUUGGAACGGUCUAUAGGGAACUGCAGAAGCUCUCCAAGUUUGAUGAGCAGGGAACCGCUACGUGUAUCACAGAAUUUGCAAAUGCCCUGCCUUACUGUCAUUCCAAGAGAGUUAUUCAUAGAGAUAUUAAACCAGAGAACCUCUUCCAGAACCUGCUGCUGGGAUCAACUGGAGAGUUGAAGAUUGCAGAUUUUGGGUGGUCGGUACACACUCCAUCCUCCUGGAGGACUUCUCUGUGUGGCACUCUGGACUACCUGCCGCCCGAGAUGAUUGAGGGCUGGGUGCAUGACGAGAAGGUGGACCUCUGGAGCCUGGGAGUCCUUUGCUACGAGUUUUUGGUCGGGAACCCUUGCUUUGAGGCACACACUCACCAAGAGACCUACAAAAGGAUAUCGUGGGUUGAAUAUACAUUCCCUGACUUUGUGACAGAAGGAGCCCAGGACUUCAUUUCAAGGCUGCUCAAGUAUAAUCCAAGCCAGAGGCGGACUCUUAGUGAAGUGCUUGAACACCCGUGGAUCAUAACAAAUUCUACCAAGCCAUCACCUUGCCAGAAAAGCCAAACAGCAGCUAAGAAGUCAUCUUAA